AUUUACGUAUGACACUUGCUUGUGUGGUUUGGAUGUGCGUUUUAAAGUUUUGCGUUAAUACUGAUUGAAGUUGAACAGUUAAAAAAAUACCUAUAUCAUAAGAAAUUGUCAAAAAUAGCCAAUAAAACUAUGAAGAGACGCAAUGCUGACUGCGGCAAAAUUAGACGCCCAAUGAAAAGGACAAAAAUUGCAGAAAGCAUUUACGGAAGCAGCACUUUCUUGUACCUCAAGUUUAUGCUGAUAUGGGCACUUGUUCUUAUGGCAGACUUCAUUUUGGAGUUCAGGUUUGAGUAUCUGUGGCCUUUCUGGCUACUGUUACGUAGCGUAUAUGACUCCUACAAAUAUCAGGGCCUGGCUUUCUCCAUAUUUUUUGUGUUUAUUGCCCUGACAUCAGAUAUGAUAUGCUUUCUCUUUAUACCCGUUCAAUGGUUGUUUUUUGCAGCCAGUACAUAUGUGUGGGUGCAGUAUGUUUGGUACACAGAGCGAGGAAUUUGUCUUCCAUCAAUAUCCCUUUGGCUCCUUUUUGUGUAUAUAGAAGCUUCUGUGAGGCUCAAAGAACUUAAACAUUUUCCUUUUCAUUUAGAUUUGUGUAGACCCUUUGCAGCACAUUGCAUCGGUUAUCCUGUUGUGACAUUGGGGUUUGGGUGUAAAAGCUAUAUUGGUUAUACAUUGAAAUUAAGAAAACAAAAGGAAGUAGCAAAAGAAAAUACAUUUUAUAUACAGUUAUUGCAGCAAGCUUUACCUGCAGAACCUUCAAGUCUAACAUCAGAGAAGGUCUCUAAAAAUGACGAGGAAGUAAUCUCAAAUGGUGUUGGACACUGUAAUCUUAGUCAGACUAAUGGGAAAAAUUCUAAUGUAAAUGGAAACCCUCCUGGUAAAGGAGUCAUCAGUAUUGGGAGUAUUCAUUGCCACAAUCCUAGUGCCAUCAACAGAUACUCGGAGUUAGAUCCACAUGAUGUAAGGAAACACAAUAAUAAUCCCAGUGUUAUUGAAAAGCAUGAAUAUCAAUACAUGGAAACUCAUCUGUCCAAAAGAGUGAAUAAUGUAAAUCAUUUUGAUGAAAGUGAUGAAAGUUGUGAGCAAGAUAAGAUAUCGAAAACCAGUAGUCUGACAAUAGCCUCUCGAAACUCUAAGUGGGUGGUGCAAAGCUCUGUGAGCAACAUAAACAUUGCCUCUUCAGGUAGUGGAAAGAAGAAAAACAUCACUAAUAGAGAGCUGGCAUCAAAUAUUUUAAAUAUUGCCAAGGAUGAACACACAGUAAGACUAGAAUCAGAUGUCAAACGAUUAAAGACAGACCUACAAGCCAGCCGGCAAUGUGAACAGGAGCUGAGAGCUCAAGUAAAUAGUCUUACCAUUACGGAGCAUUCAUUUAGGGAAGAACUGGCACAACUUCAGCAACAGAAUGAAAACCUUCAAAAUAAACUUCAUAACUUAGUAACAGCCAGACAGCAAGACAAACAACUAGUAAGCCAACUGGAGAAACGUUUACAAGAAGAGCGAAAGCUUCGUAACUCUAUUGAAUCAACUCUUGCCUCAGAACGCAAGGCUAAAAAAGCUGAAGAAGCGGCAGCAGCUCGUGCUGUAUUGGUGGCUGCAGCAAAUAGAGCUGACUGUACAGAAAACUGUAAAAAUCGACGAAGGGAUUUAGAAAAUGAUAUUAAACAACUACGCCGUGAAGUGAAAGUCAGAGAAGACCAGUUGCGACAAAUAGAAAGAGAGGCACAAUCUCUACGACAGUACAAAGACAAUCAAAAUGAUACUGAAGUUUUAAUGUCAGCUCUGUCCGCGAUGCAGGACAAGAAUACACACCUUGAGAACAGCCUGAGUGCAGAGACCCGUGUAAAGCUAGAUCUCUUUUGUGCAUUGGGAGACGCAAAACGUCAGGUGGAGAUCACUCAGUCAUUGCUUACCCAGAAGGAGAAAGAGAUAGAUGAGCUAAAGUCCAAGGUGGCUGAGGUGAUGGCUGUUAUGCCGCCGUCUUCGACCUAUGCAGCAGUUAGUCUGGAAUCAGAUAUGGUGUCCUCCUCCAUGCUGUACUCUCCCAAGUUCAUGUCAGAGGAUAAAGGCACCAAGUCUUCACUUGACCCUAAUGCUUCCAUUUACACCCCAAACAUUGGUUCCUCGGAAAUGUAAACAAUAACCUUUUGGCAGUGCUUUUAGCAAAAUUUGCUUUCCUCCUUCUCUUUUUUUUUUUUUGAGCCAAUGUAAAAGGAAGACACUAUUUUCAGAUAGAUAAGCAGAUUUAAAUGUUGCUGAGAAGAAAUAGGUUUUUAUUGUUUAUUACACACAACAAAAGCAUUUAUGUAAAACAAAAAGUUCAGGCCACGUACUGUAUCAUUGACUGAUCUAGUCAGUGUUUUAAGAAAUAUGCACUAUGAAGCUUUCUUUUUAUUAUCCACCAGGCUUUCACAUAGUUUUUUUUUAAAAAAAAAGAUCAUUAUUUAUGCUUAAAAAAUAUGUAGUUAUCCUGUUAAAUAAUGAUAAUAAAGAUUUAUUUUAAGGCAUUAUUUCACUUAAAUCUGUAACCUGAAAGGUAGUACAUUGGUGACAUUGAAAAUAAGGUAGUGUUUCAAUGCAUGUAGAACAAGUUUUUGAGUACUUUAUGUUUGAAGCCUGAUAUUAAUAUUUUUAUCUUUGACUGCAAUGUAAUAUUUAAAUUAAUAUUUAUACAAAGAAGAAACUUGUAUGAUUAAUAGAAUUUUAAGUUAAUAUUUCAGUAAUUUUGUGAUUUAUAUUACAUCCAAAAAUACACAACAACAUUUUAGUAAGCUAACAAACAUCAAUGUGUGCUUUUUUUUUUUUUAGAAAAGAAACUUAAAGAAUUUCAGUUUACAUUUGUCACACAAGUUUAUGGAUAAUACUACAUUAAACUCAAUAUUGCCUGUUUGGUUUCAAUCUUUUUAUUAAUUUAAGUUAUCCUGCACAUUAGUUAUAAAAAAUUGUCUUUCUUACAAUUUAUUUGUAUGAUGAAGGAAUUUUUAAUUGGGUGAUGUUAUUACUGACAAGAAGAUAGCGUUAACUUUUCCUUCUGUUCUUGAGAUUAAGAACAUUAUAGCUAAACACUGAAUAGCUUUUUUUCUGUUCAGAUAAGGUAUAGUGACUUUAUUUGUUGUCGUUUCCAAUGAAGGUAAAGUUAUUACAGUAGUACUUUGCAGAUUUAAACAUGUUUAGGUUUUUGAUAGGGAAAGUAAUGUUUAAUAUUAAAUAUAUUUGAAGAGUUUAAACUUUUGUGAAAUAUCCUUUAUAAGCAGUGAACAGAUUAUGGUUUCCUGGACUUUUGUGUUUCUGUUUGCUCCUGUUUUUUCAAUUAGCAGUUCUUCAUUAGAAUGUCGGAGUGAACUUGAAAACAAAAGUGUUUCACAAGUAAGUGCUAUAAAUUAACAGAACUGAACCUAACAAUCAGCACCCAAGUUGUGCACUCCCUGGCUUUUUUCUAACUUCUUGAAUUUCUUUUUUCAAAAAUAUUUGAUGUCAGAAUGUGAAUCAUAUAGGGAAAAAUAUAACAGGAAACUAAUCAAUAACAUUAGAUGAAAAGAUGCAACUCGAUAAGAGUUCGUGCAGAAAAAAAAGACAAAGUACCGGUGUUUCUAAUUAAUAUAUAAAGUUGAGUAUGUCAUGGUUUUAUUAGAAAAUUCUCUAAAACCAUAGUGAGAGCUCUCUUUUUUUUGUCUGGUAAAUAAACUGUUUUUUGUUUUCUAAGGAUCCUUUUGUAAGAAACAGCAAAACACCAGACAUGCUUUUCAUGUUGAAAUAGGUUAGCUAUUUCUAAAGGCCAUCAUCAGGCUUCAAAAUUGUGUUAAGUUUAUUGAUGAUUCUAAAAGAAUGAUCUUGAAUUUGGUUUCUGUGUACAAGCUUUCAUAAACCAAUAAUGUUAUGUUUGUGUGCCAUACCACAUCCAGAAUUGAUUAAUAUCUUUGUUCAAUAUUUGUGAAUUUUAGUUUUAAGAGAAAAGAACGAACAUCCUGGGGAGAGAAGUUAACAAGCCGAAAACCUGCAAGAUGUUCAAACACUACAUUGAGAUGGUAGAUAACACUAAAGAAAUACCUUCCUCAUAAUCUGGUUUUGAACUUGUCAGCAUGAAAUUAAUCUAAAAUGCUGAAUAAAAGCUACUUUUAUUGUAGUAUAUAUGUACGGCUGUAAUAUAUUACUAACUGUAUAUAUGUACAGCUGUAAUAUAUUACUAACUGAAACUUAGAUGUCUUUCACUCAGACACUUUAGCAUGUAUAAAAGCAUUAUCAACUUUGAGGGUUACACGCACAAUUUAAAUGCUUAUUUUGCUUCUUUGUGACCAUAUUGCAAUUCAUUUUAGCAUUUAGUAGUUAUGUUACAUGUCGUCCUUUAAAUUGGCUCUUGACUUUUUUUUUUGCCCAGUAAGUAUAUUACUAUUUUAGAAUUUAUAUCUGUAUACUGUAGAUAAAGUUUGUGAUCCUAAAGAAGUAAUUAUAAUUUCCAGCUAAAAGAAAUUGUAUCAUUAAGAUAAAACAAAUAGUUUUCCUAUUUCAUAUUGGUUUUUGUUGCAUUUUUUACUGGAAGCAUUUAGUUGUCUCAGUGAUGAAAGAUGUAAGUAGGUUUUUCGUAAUCAUUAUGUUAACAUAUUUUUGUGGUUAAGAAGGAAUUAGUGAUGGAUGUUUUUCACUCAGUAUGCUGGUAAAUGUUAAGAUAAUAAGAUUCAAAGUUGUUCGUAAAAGUGGCGUGUUGUAACUGUUUUGCUUUCAAGUGAGAUGAAAGUCACACCAAUCAUCUGAUAUUCUUUGCCGUUUGCCAUUAGUAUGAUGAUGGGUGACGUCUUCCUAAGGAAAUCCAAUUUCUAGAAGUAUACAUACUGAUAGAUAUUCUGUACAGUUAAAUGCUGUACACUUUUUUUUUGUUAAUGUUUUAUUUGGUGACAUUGUCAUCCUGUUUUCUGAAGGCAGGAAAAUAAAGUAAUUCUACUUCGUGGAAAUGAA